ACUCGGAGUGUGGGCGGGGAGAGGAGGGCGGAGGGAAGAGGAGGAGGCGCCGUUGCUGCCGUUUGCCUCCGCGGCUGCGAGAGCCGGCACUGGUCCGCAGCAGGCCGCCGCCACGGCCGCCAUGGACGAGCAGGCGGGGCCCGGUGUCUUCUUCAGCAACAGCCACCCAGCGGCAGCUGCGGGCGUCAAGGGGCUCGGGCCCCUGGCAGAAGCGGCGGCCGCGGGCGACGGGGCGGCGGCGGCGGCUGCGGCCCGAGCCCAGUACAGCCUCCCAGGGAUCCUGCACUUCCUGCAGCACGAGUGGGCCCGCUUCGAGGUGGAGCGCGCCCAGUGGGAGGUGGAGCGGGCGGAGCUGCAGGCCCAGAUUGCAUUCCUUCAAGGAGAAAGGAAAGGACAAGAAAAUCUGAAGAAAGAUCUAGUAAGGAGGAUCAAAAUGCUGGAAUAUGCUCUUAAACAGGAAAGAGCCAAAUACCACAAGCUGAAGUAUGGGACAGAGUUGAAUCAGGGAGAUAUGAAGCCUCCAAGUUACGAUUCUGAUGAAGGCAAUGAAACAGAGGUGCAACCACAACAAAACAGCCAAUUAAUGUGGAAACAAGGGAGACAGCUGCUCAGGCAGUAUCUGCAGGAAGUUGGUUACACGGAUACCAUACUAGAUGUAAAAUCAAAACGGGUACGAGCCUUGUUGGGUUUUGCAAGUGAUGUCACUGAAAGAGAAAAUGAGAAAAAUCAAGAGUCAGUUAUAAAUGGAGCAGAAGCUGACAUUCAUAAAGAAACAGUGAUGAUUGGGAAACCAGAGUUAACUGAUUCUGCCUCUGUACUGGAUACUUUCAAAUUCCUUGAAAAUGCAGACUUCAGUGAUGAAGAUGAUGAAGAUGAUAUUGAUGGGAGAGAGAAAACCAUCAUUGAUACUUCAACGAUUGUUAGGAAGAGAGUCUUAUCUGAUAGCAGUGAAGAUCGAGAUACAAAAGAAGCUCUAAAGGAGUUUGAUUUCUUGGUUGCACCAGAUGAAGGAGAUGGAGAAUCUAGAAGUGCAGGUGAUGGAACAGAAUGGGAAAAGGAAGACCAGUGUCUCAUGCCUGAAGCCUGGAAUGUGGACCAGGGAGUAAUUACCAAACUCAAGGAGCAAUACAAAAAGGAGAGAAAGGGGAAAAAGGCGGUGAAGAGGCCCAACAGGUCAAAAUUACAAGAUAUGCUUGCUAAUUUGAGAGAUGUUGAUGAACUUCCCUCUUUGCAACCAUCUUUGGGAUCACCUUCUAGACCAAGCAGCUCAAGGCUGAGUGAACAUGAAAUUAACAGGACAGAUGAAGUGGAAGCGUUAACAUUCCCUCCAACAUCAGGAAAGUCAUUUAUCAUGGGACCAGAUGAAGCCCUUGAAAAUGAGCUUGGUCUUGGUGAAUUAGCAGGCCUUACCGUUGCCAAUGAGGCUGAUUCACUGACUUAUGAUAUAGCAAACAAUAAAGAUGCUUUGAGGAAAACUUGGAAUCCAAAGUUUACAUUAAGAAGUCACUUUGAUGGAAUUCGAGCACUUGCUUUCCAUCCAGUCGAGCCAGUUUUGAUAACAGCAUCUGAGGAUCAUACAUUAAAAAUGUGGAAUUUGCAAAAAACAGCUCCAGCAAAAAAAAGCACCUCUCUUGAUGUGGAGCCUAUCUAUACAUUCAGGGCUCAUAAAGGUCCGGUCCUCUGUGUGGUAAUGAGCAGCAAUGGUGAACAGUGUUAUAGUGGAGGAACAGAUGGCCUUAUUCAGGGCUGGAAUACAACAAACCCAAACAUCGAUCCCUAUGACUCUUAUGAUCCUUCUGUUUUAAGAGGUGCACUUCUGGGCCACACAGAUGCAGUCUGGGGCUUGGCUUACAGUGGAGUACAUCAACGCUUAUUGUCCUGUUCAGCAGAUGGCACUCUUCGUUUAUGGAAUACAACUGAAAUUUCUCCAGCCCUAAGUGUAUUUAAUGAUAAUCAAGAACUGGGAAUCCCUGCCUCCGUGGAUCUAGUGAGCAGUGAUCCAAGCCAUAUGGUAGCAUCAUUCAGCAAUGGAUAUACUAGCAUCUUUAACAUGGAAACACGACAGCGUAUUCUCACUUUAGAAGCCAACCUAGAUACAACCUCUAAUAUGUCCUGCCAAAUAAAUAGAGUUAUCAGUCAUCCAACCCUUCCAAUCAGUAUCACUGCUCAUGAAGACAGACACAUUAAAUUCUAUGAUAAUAACACAGGAAAACUGAUCCAUUCAAUGGUUGCCCACUUAGAAGCCGUUACGAGUUUAGCAGUUGAUCCCAAUGGCCUAUACUUGAUGUCUGGCAGUCAUGACUGUUCAAUACGUUUAUGGAACCUAGAAAGCAAGACCUGUAUCCAAGAAUUCACAGCUCAUCGAAAAAAGUUUGAGGAAUCAAUUCAUGAUGUGGCAUUCCACCCAUCUAAAUGUUACAUUGCCAGUGCUGGAGCAGACGCCCUGGCCAAAGUCUUCGUAUGACAUGAUGCCUCCCUUUCAGCUUCUCACUCUUUCUGUAUAAUCAGCUGCACACAAGAGAUAACAGAAGACAAGGGGAAAAGUCACCUUUUCUUGCCCUUUCAUUCUGCCAAUGGAGCACAGAAAACAUUUGUUAAAGUAUAGUUUUUGCAGUCGAUGUACUGUUUUCUAAAACCAAGGUUUGUUCAGGUUGCUGCAAGCUCAGCUGGUUCUGUGAGCCUGAAGACUGUUUCAAAUUAUUCUGAAAGUAUAUGCUUUUAUUUGUGAGGGGGUUCUUAUUCGCCGGGCAGGCCUGAGCGAAACAAGGUUCAUUAAGUCCCUGUGGAGGAAUUGGGGCACUCUUUAAGGGAGGGAUACAUCAAUAAUAUGAUUUAUUGGGGAGGGGUGUAGGGAGCAGGGGAAUUUAAGCAUGUUUUUCAUUUCAGAAAUUUUGUCAAACAUAUGCACGUUAGGUAGUCAAAACAGUGGCUUUUAACAUGCCCACUGGACUAACCCUUUUGUGAAUGAUGACUAGACAGUUGUGAAAGGAAUUUAGUUUAGUGUGUCUAUGAGCUUCACACAUAAAGUGACUGGCAAAACAUCUUACCUAUUAAAAAGAAUGCAAUAAUAUGUUAUAUAUAUUAUUCAGUAAUGCCAAUCAGAUAUUUAGUUUGCAGGCAAAAUUAUAUAUUGUAUUACAUUUUUGAAAAUAGAGUUGUUACCAAGUGACUGAGAAUUUAGUUGUUAGAUAUUCAACUUUAAAGAGAAUGUUUGAUACAGUCUACAUUUACUAAGGGAUUUAACUUAUUCAAACAUUCAAAUUUGAGUCUCUUUAUCAUUCAAGGACAGUCACUAGCACAGGUCUCUGACACAAAUAACCUGUAUUAUUGUUAAAAUUCAGUUUUUUUCAUGUGGUGUUUAUAAUACCAAAAUGGUUAACCAUUCUUAUCAAUGAACUCACAGCUGGAUAGAUGCAAAGCAAAAAAAAAAAAAAAGUUUAGAGAGCAUCUCAUUUAUUUCUGUUCACAUAACCAUGCUUCAGAUAAUCUAUGCUCUCUUUCUUCCCUAAACCUCAGGUUGGGCUAUCUGAUAGCCUUCAAUAAUACUAUCACAUUUUAUGUUGGAUUAAAAAAAUAACUCAAAUGCAAUCUGCUAGGGUUGGGUUAGGUUCAUCCUGUUGCUUUUUGUAAAAAAAAAAAAAUCUAAACAAAGCACAAGCAGUAUACCUUCAAAAACUGUAUAGUAGCUCUGCUAGGAGAGAGGACAUCUGGGUGGAAAGGCCAAUUGCAUAUCUUUUUUUAAAAGACCUUAGGCUGUUUCUGCAUUGAUUUUUUUUUUUUUAAGAGCAGUGAGUUUAGUUGUUGUUUCUGGAAAACCUAUGGCUCAGAGUUGAUUAUUUCUUUCUGACCAAGUAUUCUAGCUGCCCAAACUCAACCUCAUACUAUUCAGAUUUCGGGUACCUUGACCUUAUUGCCCAACUAAAUUCUAUUUUUUCUCAUAUCCCACUCCUUCUCUUGGACACCCAAAACCAGGGACCUGUUGAAAACAUAUAAAUCAUUGAACAUAACAACUUUGCUUUCAGUGACCUCUCAAGUUAAAAAAUAACAGGCCAUAAUAAACCCUUUUGCUCUCCUGAAAAUUUUUUCUGCAACUUUUAUCAGUGUCAAAGCAGUGGUGCUUUUGAUCAUGGUGAUCAUUCAGUGACCUGAAGAGGUAUAGUUGGUAUGGGUUGUAUUUUAUGAUUAAUACUAAGUAUAUAAAAUAAAACAUCCUUCUAAUGUUAUAAUUUAAAUGUACUAUGAUAGCUGUGUGACCCUGUGCAAGUCACUUAACCCUCAUUGCCCCAUAAAACAAAAAACAAAACAAAUAAAUGUACUAUGGGGUGGAAUGGAGUACAGUCACUGGUUAGUAUGGGAUGAGGAACAGGACUCUCUGCUGGCCCUGUUCUGUAUGCUAGAACAACAAAAAUCCAGAUACCUUCUCAAUUCCCGAUCCCAGGUGUUGCCAUCUAUUUCUUUUGUGGAGAGGUCAUGGGCUAUUAAAAAGACACAAAGCUCUUCCCUAACAAUAGAGAAUACUGCAUGACCCUCAGCUGAGCUCUGAUGUCAUCCCUUUCUGCAAGAGAUACUGGGAAUAUCACUGCCCUGCAGAUUGCCUAUUGCUUUCUGUCCUUCCCAGGUUCACCUGUCUGCUAGGGCUUUGAAUCUAGCUCUGGCUAGGGAAUAAGAACUCAGAGUUACUAACUGCCUAGAUAGUCUUAGUCUAAGGAUCCAAAAUGCUGGUACUUCUCUGAUACAUUAAUAGUUGAGAAGGACACUAGCUUCCUCUAGGGAAGUUUGAUCGUGUUGGUUUCUAGGUCACUUUUCAACAUCUCCUGUUCUGAUCAUGAGGAAUUCAGUGGCUCAUGCUGUGAGUUCACUCUAUUCUCAAAUCUAAGUAGUAUAGAAUGAGCCACUGGAUUCCUCUCACUAACGUUAAAUUUGUGGUAACUAGAUACUAGAGAAGUUUAGAAUUCUCUUCUGGAAUCCUUCAAAAUAGGUAAGCUAGAAUUGCAAAAGGGAGUUUAUAGGGACUCUUAAAGAUACUCUCUUGUCGUCAAUGGAAGGACCAAGAAUCUCCCCAUAGGAACUGUUUCAGAAAGUCCCACCCAGUAGUCUUUACUUUUGUGCUAAUGUCUCCAAAGGGCUUUUUAAGGUAAGCUGGACUUUCUCCCCCAGCCCUACAUGGUUAGAUGAGAACUGCCCCUCUGGGAAGGAAAGCUAAAGCUUCCUUAUAGACUGCAGCUUUAUUGCUAAAACUAAUCCUGUACAAAGGUCACACAAGGAGUCAAGGCAGUAUAAAAUUGUACUGGUGAUAUUGGCAAUCACAAACACCAGGCAUAGGACAAGAGAAUCCCCUCCCCAUGACUUUGCUGGUUUUAAGGUGACUAGAUAAAUCAGAGGGUCAAAUUUACAGAAGUCUCUUGCUUUGUGGUCUAGAUAGUAAACAGGCCUGACACUGCACUGGAUGGUUGGCUACAGAAAAAAAAAGGGGGGGGGGACACAAAAUUUGAAGGUGGUGACUAUCUUGAUACGGGUACAUACAUUCUGACAAUACCCUCCAAUCCUGUAUGGUAGCUUGAUUUCAUGUUAGAUACAGACUAAUGGCCUGUGCUGGUUCUCAGUUCUGUGUGUGUGUGUGUGUGUGUGUGUGUGUGUGUGCGUGUUACUGUGUUGCUAUAUGCUAUAGUGUCUAAUAUCUUAUUUUGGCAUAAUUACCCUCCUUACUCAUCUAUACUUCCAUACCCCAUUAUCGGCAUUUAGGUUAACAAGUCUCUUCUGUAUUGGCAAAUGAAUUGAACCUCAACCCUUUCCUGUAGUGAUUAAGGUACCAGUGAAUGUUUAUGAUACCAAGAAGAAGUCGAAUGAUGAAUUGUAUUCUCUAAAUUCUGUUCUCACCAUUCUUCAUAAUGUGAAAAUGGUGAAUUGCUGACCUGAUAUUUUCUGAGAGAAAUUGGCAAGUUCCAUGCAAGAUGCAGUGAUUCUCCAAUCUCAGUGCUCUAGUCCUUGUUGUUCUUCUCAGUUCCUGCUUUUAGCAUCUUUCUGAGUCUUCAGAGUUCCCUUUGCCUAUUUCACUGAAGUUCUCAAAGCGAAGCCACCAGUCAUUUAAACCUCUUUAAAUAUUUGUGUUUGCACAUGGAAAACCAUGAGGUGUGUAGUCUAGUGUGAACAGUGGGUCUGGUGAAAGCCCAUUGGGAAGCCAGUACAUGCCAUGAGAGACAAUACAUAGAAAUAACAUUCUCUUCUUCCAGUAUUGUGAAACCCCAUUGUGGACAUCCACCAAAGCAGCCAAUACAGUGUAGUUUCCAUGAGUCAAAUUCAGCGUACUUGAACUGAAAAUUGCAGCCCAGUGAUAAAAAUGCUUUUGUAGUUUUUGAUUUGUGGAGAGUUUGGGUUUUUUCCCCAUGAACCUUAUCCUUAAAAUAGAGAGUGGUAAGGAAGGGCAGGCUCCUGCCUGGUUUACAUGAGAUAUAGAGACACAUUUGUGCUCUUGGAGCCUGCAGCACUCUGCUCAGUACUGAAAUGGCAUAAAAACCCGUUUGCUAUAUUCAGACCAGACCAUAAACAGAUAUUUUAACGUCAAUGAUAUUAUUACCUUCAGUAUUUUUCUACUAACCAAGGUUAGGAUUUUUGGCCAUUAAAUAAAUAAGAAGUUAUGCAAAAUAUUUAGCUUUUAUAAUACAUUAUAGUUAUUAAUUAAAGGGAUAAAAAUGGGCUGCAUCACUGAGUAAUGAACUUUACAUGAGAAAUUUCCCAUGAAUUUGACUUUCAUUUCUUUAGUACUCUUAUAUUUCUUUUGGAAGCAAUUAUAAAGAUUUAUUUGAAAAUGGCUAAAAGUUAUGUAUAUUUUAUAAAUAUAUAUUAUAUAUAUUAGUAGGAACACACACAUAUAAAAUAUAUAUAGACUAUAUUAAACCAUAGGUGCAUUUUACUGUUUUUUAUAUUGAGUUUGUUGGGGUAGUAUAUGCAAAGGAUAAGAUGUGAGUAUGACAUGAGUGUUGUACUAUUUGCUAAUGUAAUAUAUAGAUUUAAAUGUUUUAACUACUGUAUAUAUUAUAUACACUAUUGGCCAGCAUGCUUGUUGGAAAGAUUGUCAUUCUAGUUUAUUAAAAUUUGAAUGUAAGAAAAACUGGCUAUUCAAAUGUGGAUUGAAACAUAUUCCAUUCUAAAAUAUUCCAUUAAACAUCCAGGCUUUUUAAUGAAUAGAUAUUUUAAAGAAGGUAAUAGCUAAGGAAGGAGAGGUGCCUUUUAAAAAACAUAACAAAGCCUUAUAAUGAGGAUGAUGAGGGAGAAUGUAUAUUAUGUAUGUGUAUAUAUUAUAUAUACAUGCAUAUGUAUACAUGUAUGUGUGUGUAUAUGUAUGUAUAUAUACAUAUACACACAUAUACAUUUAUUCUGGACUGUGGUCACUGAUGUCUCUUUACUGUAUUUGUUAAACUUGUAGGUCUUCAGGGUAUUGCGUGUGAGUCCAUCUUUGUGCUCUUCUGAGCACUACAUAACACUUUUUAAGAAUAUUUAUGUGAAUUCAUAGAAAUUUCAAUGGAGGAAAGGCUAUGCUAUUCAUAUUUUAUAUUUGUAUUAAAAUUUAUAUAGGAGAAAGUACAUGUCCACAAAAUGAUGGAACCUCAUUUAAUUUGGCUAAGUAAGUGUACCUCUUGAAAGGUUCAUUUUUUAAAAGCUUCAUAUAUUUUCAUCUUUUAUUUUCACUGGAGAUUUAAGAGGAUGUUUCAACUAGUUAAACAUUAUUUUUAGAUCAAACAAUAACUGGACUAGUUAAAAAUCCCACCUUAGGAGAGUUUUAAAGCAUUUAAACACACAUUUAUACCUACCUCUCUAUCCCAUGUUCCAUAUUUUUCUUUAAAGUCAAAUCUUUUUAUUAUGUCUAUAAACAUAUUUUGGUGCUAAAAAUUUUGUCAUUUAAGUUACAUGCAACCUAGAUUUCCCAAAUAAAAUUUUAGACCUUAAAUUUUUUUUGUUGUUGUUGUUCACUGUGGCUUGUGAAUGAGUAGAGUUUAUUUAUCUCUAGUUAGUGUGAGUAUGAGAUUUUAGUCACCAAGUUUCUGACAUGGUUCCAGUGUCGAUACUUUCAUGGACCCAUCUUUGACCAUCCCUCGUUCCUCUCUCUAUUGAUGUAGAUCAUAGCCUCUUGUCUUCUCAUCUGGUACAAUUCUUAUGCAUGGCUGUAUGUAAGUCCUCUAGUCAAUCUACCCAUUGUACUGAAGCCUUGCUUUAGUUUUUGUAACAUUUUCUAAAUAACAAACAGCAUUAGCCCUUGAACUGUCUUUCUUUAUCUGGUUACCUGAUCACCCCACCUUUUUUCCUGAUCAUAAAUGUGCCUGAUGAUGCCAUUCUCAUUACCACUUUCCUGCAAAUCAUUCUUGGUAAUGUAUUAUAUCCUACUUGUACUCACCGUAUGUUUUUCCAUCGCUCUUUGGGAAGUACUACUAUAAAUUUACCAAAGGUAGAAGCUAAGCUAUUAUAUUAAAAGAAUCAUUGAAAGGAGCUGUUCAGAGAAAUUUAAUUAGAUUAAUUAUUUACAACUCUCUGAUUUUAAUUAUAACUUUAACUAAUGGCACCUGUUUAUAAUCUAUUAAACAUUUUAUCUAGGGAGUUGAGAUUGCCACAAGUUGUGGCUCAUAGAAGCUUAUUGUUAUGUUUUCACCCUAACCUUCUUGAUUAUUACUAUAGUUCAUUGAGAAAAGGAUCUGGAAAUUUGCAUGAUAAAAAUCAUAACUAUUUUAUAUACUGUUUUCUUAACUUUAAUUUGACCAUUAAAAGUUUCUCUUUUGGCAGUCUUUGUCUUCCACUUGUUUAUCCUUGCCUGCAUGUCAGGUGCCAUUUUGACAAAAAGAUGAAAAGGUUAAAGCAUUUAACUGAUCUUUCUGAUAUCAUUGCACUUUUCUUCUUUGAUACCUUGUAAGUAGCAUGAUUUCUUUGUAUGUAGAUGCUACAUAGGACCUGACUCCCAGAAGAUACUACCUCCAUGGCCACCUCCUUUUGUGCUUCUUAAGAUCAGGAAGUGACAUGUACUUUGCUCAUUGUUUCUGCAUUUAAACCCUUCCUUUGCCAGUAUUGCUCAGCAACUACUUUUCCUUGGGAGGUUUGUUCCAUUCAUCUAUUAUCACCCAGUCCAUAGCCUUGUCAGGGUUAUCUGCCAGCCUCUAGAUCCUAUUCAAUCCCUAAUCAACAGAUACAAUUUUUAAGUGCCUAUUAUGUGCAAGGCAUUUUGCAAACUUCUUUUUUUUUUUUUUAAAGGAGUUCACUACCUGUUUCGGUAUUCCUCAUUACUCUGACCCCUGUGCCUAGGGCAUUGAUGACCCUUCACAUAGUCUGAUAGCAACUUCAGUUCCCAUAAUCCUCAUCUUCAUUCACUAAGCCUGGUUGUAUGGAUAGCCAUACCUUUGAUCUAACAGUACUAACACAUAACUGCUACCUUCCUGUUCCAGAACCCUGAACUUCCCCCUCUGUUCAUAAUCACCUAUCUUCCAUCUGACUACUUCAUUCAUUGAAGUACUUCUAGUCUUUUCAUGCCUCCUCCUUUUCCCAAUUUACUUCUGUUCUGACCUCAUUUUGCUCCCUUCAUGGUCUUGACCAUGAGUUCAACUAGUUCUCUUUCCUUUGUCCUUGAUUCUCCUGUCCUCUUUUGUCACUGCUUGUGCCUAGCCAGACCCCAGCCCUUCCCAUAUUUGGUUUAUCCACUCCUGUUAACAUGCUGCUGAAUGCCACUGGAGAUCUAACAUUUUGCCAAUUAGUUCCAACACAUUUGUUAUCUAACACAACUGGGCCUUUACUGAUAACACAAAUCUUGUUAUUCUUCUUGAUUGACUCAUAUUCUCCACAGUGACUUUCAAACCUCUAUUCUCCUCAAGCUCUACUUUCCUUUCAGCAGAGUACCUUGUCUCCUUUAAUGAGAAAAGAGGCUGUCCAUCAUAAUCUCUUUCCUAUUCAUUAUCCUUUCACAUCAUACCCCAUUCUUUUUGCACCAAUAUCUGAGGAAAAAGUGACCUCCCUUUUUAAAAAAUUGACCCUUCUUGUGAAGUAAAGUUCCUCUACUUUGCAUUUGAUCUCAUUUCCAUUUUCCUCAGGGAAUUUAUCUCAUUGAUCAUUCUCUCUCAACUUCAAUCUCUCCAUAGCCCCUAGAUCUUUUUCUACUUCUUUUACAUAUGCCUGAGUCUCUCCCCAUUCUUAAGAAGCUUACAGUUCUUUGCCCUUUUGCAGGCACUUUCCCAGAAGGGAUUCUCCAUACCCAUUACUUCUGUUGUCAUUAUCCCAACCCUUGUAUUCUAGCUUCCAACUCCACCACUUAGCUUAAAUUCAAAGUCAUUGAAACUUUUCCCUAUAACGUUAUCAGUGAACUCAAAUAUGGUGAAUCCUCUCUACAUCUCUAUAAUCCAUAACUAGGCUUCAAUAUAGUUGCCUACCUAGGCUUCAAUACUGCUGCUGACUUGGUUCUAUCAGCUCCUGAUUGUUACCCGGUAUGCAUGAACAUAUCUCAAGGUUCUGACCUGGCCCUCAUCUUCCUUCUAAUUCUACCCUAUUGAUGAUCUUAGUUGUCACAAGUUCAGUUAUUUCUAUGCAGAUAAUUCCCAGAUCUAGAUUUGCAGUCCUCAUCUUACUCCUGAACCGUAGCCCUAUAUUAACAGCUGAUUAUCAGUCAGUAAGCAUUUAUUAAGUGCCCACUAUGUGCCAGGCACUAUGCUAAGUGCUGGGGAUACAAAAAGAGGGGAAAAGUCCCUGCUCUUGAGCUCACAGUCUAAUGGAGGAGACAAAAAGUAAAUAAAUGUGUACAAACAAGCUAUAAACACGAUAAAUAGGAAAUCUCUACUUGAAUUUCAACAUAUCUAAAAUGAACUUUCCCCCCCCCCAUCUACUCCUUCAAACUGUAAUCUUCACAAAAAGGAGAUCACCCAGAUUUACAGCCUCGGUGCCAUUCUUGACUUCUUUCUCUUUUACUCCCUGUAUCUAGUUGCCAGGUUUGAAUGAUUCUACUUAUAGCUGUUGCAUUUGAUUGCACUCAUGUCUGGCUCAGUCCUUUAUCACCUCUCACCUGGAUUGUUGCAAUAGCUUUCAAAUUGGUCUCAUUAUUUCCAGAGGACACCCCCCCUCUACACCUCUAAUCGAACCUCUCACAUAGCUAUCCAAAUACUAAAACAUUAGACUCAUAUCAUGCUUUUAUUACAAAACCAUCUAUGAUCCCUUUUCUUCUAAGAUAUUAGAAGAUGAGCUCGUCAGCCUGGUGUUAUUUUCUCAGUCCUCCACAGUUUGGCUCCAAUUUUUUUAAACUAAUUUAAUAUUACUCCCAUACUUUGUGUUCAGUAAACUAGUCCACAAGCCCUUUCUUGAAUUCAACAUGCUCUUUCUCAUAUCCAUGCCUUUGUGUCUAGAAUCUUCCUUCCUUCCUUCCUUCCUUCCUUCCUUCCUUCCUUCCUUCCUUCCUUCCUUCCUUCCUUCCUUCCUUCCUUCCUUCCUUCCUUCCUU